CAUCCCACACUGCGACUGAUCAAGGUUCUCCACAUGUUCUCCACUCCCCCCUUCGCCACGUGAUAAGUCUGUUCGAGACUUCAUGCGGAGUAUUGGAAGGGUAGUAUGCUGUGCAGAAAACCCCAGGUUUUUGGCGAGCGACACCUUGAAUACAUGAAAAGGGGACGAUGGGAACACAUGAACGUACGAGAAUCAUGAGAUUCAUUUGAUCUGCUCCACCCGUUAGCCCAUAAUACGGGCAUCGUAGGCACCAAUGGAUCGUGCCAGUCCCCGACCACCACCGACCCAAAAUUCCGGUAGUAAAGUCCGACGACCCCGGGCAGCUCGGGCGUGCGAUGCAUGCCGGAUCAAGAAGAACAAGUGCGACGAUUUGUAUCCAUGUACAUACUGCCGAAAUCAUAACAUCGAGUGCGUCUACAGAGGUCAAGACUCUGGCCGGCGACUGUUUACUCCGGACUAUGUGCGCCAUCUUGAGGAGGAAGUGAAACGUUUAGCUGCGUUGCAGGCUCAAGUCAAGAACGGACAAUCAGUCACUUAUACUACACCACUUACAGAUGAACCAUCUGCUACAACCCCAACAUACAGAGAUGCUGAUCGACAUCCUUCAAGCAACUAUGAUGCUGAAUCGCCUGCAUCCACACGGCUGAGACCAGGUGCCGGACAAGAGGUUUCUGGCGUCAAUCGGCACACCAGAAAUGUGGAGUUCUACGGUAGUUCAUCAUCAGUUGCUAUCUUGUCGCAGGUUCAGAGGGCAGGUGGAGCCGGAGAUGCGCCCGAAGAGUCACCAGAAGAUCAUGACGGGGAAGCCCUCGUGUCGAAUUUGCACAACCACGCAUUCUCACCAGCCGUCGAUGCAGCUCUCGGAGGCCACCGCCCGGGUCGAGUCACGCAUUAUCCACAAUGUCGUAACUUUAUUUUGAAUUAUUUCACCAGUAUACAUUUCGUGCACCCGUUCUUGGAUAAGGCCGAGUUCCUUUCGCGGUGCGAGAAGUUAUGGUCGCAAGAAGGCGAUCCUCUACAUACUUCUAGCUUUGCUGCACUCUACUACAGCAUGCUGUCAUUAGGGGCCUUGGUAGGGCCAAGGGAAGAAGAACCUAUUGGUGGUGUUAGUAACCUUCAGUGGAGUCGAACCUUCUUCGAUGAGGCGAUUUCGCGCUGCCAUAGGCUUGGCAUGGUGACGGAUCUGGAUAUGGUACAAUGCUACUUUAUGCUGUCCAAGAUAUGUCAGAACGAGCUGAACGCCCAUUGGUCUUAUAUGUACGUGGGCCUUGCGGUGCGGACGGCGCUGGCUAUGGGCAUAAACAGAGAACCACCUCCCGAAUCGAGAAAGCCUCUAUCACAACUAAAAGCUGAGGCACGGACGUGGUGGGGUCUAUACUCUCUAGAAACUGAAAUGUCUUUCGCCAUGGGACGGCCAGACACUCUCGGGUCAGACCUAUACCACAAUCGAAGCUUCCCGCUCAUAGGCAAUGAGAACUCGGGAUCUUCUUCCCACGACCGCUUCGAACCACCUCAGUGCGCCAUCAUUAAAUCAAUGGUUGACUUAUCUAGGAUAACCAGGAGUAUAUGUUUUGAUAUUUACCUGCCGGAAACGAUUACUCCUAGGACUAUUGCUGUGGCAUAUCGACUAGAGCAAGAUCUCGACAAAUGGGUAGAGAGCCUCCCGAUGGCGAUCCGACCGAAGCAAUCCAUGGGUGAGCCGGUUUCAUUGAAAAGCGUUCGGGAUCCGCAGUGGGCCAAACGACAAAGGCUGGUCCUAGGCAUUAGAUAUCACAACCUCCGAAUACUCACCUUCGGUUCUCUACUGCUAACCUCCUCCUCGAAUGAGCGAAGCACGUUGCCCGGGAUUCGCGAGGGUAUCCAGAAGUGCUUGGACUCUGCAAAGCAGACCAUUGACACGAUCUAUGUUACAUAUCAACAUCAUGAUUUCUUCCGUACCUGGUACUACAAUACCACUUAUACGGUAUUCGCAGCCUCUGUGAUUCUUGUCUACGUCAUGAAAGAGGCGACAGAAACGGAAACGGAGCCAUUGCUCAAAGUUGUAGCCAUGGCCAUUGAGAUCUUGGAAACCAUGGAUGAGUGCGUGGUAGCGCUCAAGGCUGCCAAGCUGAUGCAGAAAUCGAUCGACAAGGCGAGGAGGAAGUUCUCCACAGAGACGCCGCCGACGGUGGCGCCUACAGUGGACGCCAACGAGGCAAUGAUUCACUUGAAUCACUACUGGGGUCCUCUAAAUCUCAUAGAUGGGGAGAUGGACUUUGACUUUGCCUUUCAACUGGAGGAUAUGGACGGAACGAACUCGAUGUUUGCGCCUCUAUAGGCGGUAGCUUGCUGUGGCGCUCCCGCAAAGUAGGGGCCUGUAAUAAGAUGACGCAAAGGUUCGUCGCAGAUGUAUGUAUAACAUUUCCAACAGGCUUGACAUGAACGCUUGGGCACGAUCGGCCUAUCUAGUCCUCUUCAUAUUGAUACCGCCCUGCCACCGAACAACAUUGACGUUUCACAAUCUUCGAAAUUAUGGUCAACUCUCUCAUGCUUUGGAUGAGUUGAACUCCGAACUGCGACGCCGAAAGGGCUGAAGC